AUGAAGAACCAAUUGAUGCUGUCCCUGUUGGGACUCCUGGUUGCGACCGCAGCAGCGCGCACUUCCGAGAGCCACCGCCAGCUCCUACAGCAGUUGCACGGCGAUGAUUUCGCAGACAUGUCCGACUACGGCGAGGCUCACACUCCUCCGUCAGUAUAUACCCGGACCAGCCCUGACUCGGCUCCCCAUCGCUUCCUGAACAACAAGACCGAGAAAUUCGCAGUCAAUGGUACGGGGCUUCCAGAAGUCAAUUUUGAUAUUGGCGAGUCGUACGCAGGACUCUUGCCCAUCAGCGACAACAAGGACGAGAAAGACAACCUCUUCUUCUGGUUCUUCCCUACGGACAAUGACGAGCACAAGAAAAAGAAGGAGAUAACCAUCUGGCUCAAUGGCGGACCCGGCUGCUCGUCUCUCCUCGGUCUGCUCCAGGAGAACGGCCCAUUCGUCUGGCGCCCCGGCACCUUGAAGCCAGUCCGGAACCCUUGGAGCUGGCAUCAUCUUACAAACGUCGUUUGGAUCGAGCAGCCCGUGACGGUUGGCUUCUCGACUGGAAAUACCACCAUCCACAAUGAAGAUGAGCUGGCUAAACAAUUCCUGGGGUUCUGGAAGAACUUCAUUGAUACCUUUAGCAUGCAGGGCUACAAGGUGUACGUGGUUGGUGAGUCGUAUGGCGGAUACUACGGCCCUUACAUCUCCAGCCACUUUGUCAAUGCCAACGACACCAAGUACUACAAUCUCAAGGGCCUGAUGGUAGUUGACGGCAUCAGCUUCGACGGGGAUGUCCAGUCCGAGGCAAUUGCCGAGACGUUUGUCGAGCAAAACUACAAUCUCAUGCCCCUAGACGACCGCUUCCGGGCCGAGCUGCACAACACUUCUGAGCGCUGCGGGUACAGAGACUACGUCAAGAAGUACUACGUGUAUCCCCCGGCUGGAAAGCAGCCCUCCCUGCUUCCCUGGCAGCAGAGGCUUCCCAACGGGACCGUUGCCUACAAAGAUGGGUGCGGCGACCUGUGGUCGAGCAUCUACCGGCAGGUCAGAAAGGACAACCCCUGCUUCAACAUCUAUAACAUUCUGGAUCACUGCCCAGAUCUCUACGAUCCCUUGGGUGACGCCCCCUACUUCAAUCGGGAGGACGUCAAGAAGGCCAUCCACGCGCCUCUCCAGGUCGAAUGGAGCGUGUGCGUCAACACGGCCUUUGUCGACCGUGACGAAUCGCUCCCACCGUCCAAAUACGAGCUGCCCAAUGUCAUUGACAAGACCAAGAAUGUCAUCCUCGUCCAGGGCGGCACAGACUUUAUUCUUCCCGCGAACGGCGUCCUGCUUGCCGUUCAGAACAUGACGUGGGGUGGAAAGCUGGGAUUCGAGUCCCGUCCCACCGAUCCCUUCUACGUCCCGCGAUACAGCACAGGCAGGGGGGGCUACGGCACCGAUCUGCCGGACAAGACGGGUGUGGUGGGAACUUCCCAUCACGAGCGUGGCUUGGUUGUCGCCGUGACUGGUCUUUCUGGCCACGAGGGGCCGCAGUACGCAGCUACGUCUGCCUUUAGACAAUUGGAGAAGCUCCUCGGGCGCGUACACAGCUUGAGCGACACUACGCCUUUUACAUUGCCGCAGCUGAAGAACGUCAAGCAGGAUGACAAGCCGUUGGGUAAAGGAACGUUUCCUAUUCCCUGGGUCUACACCGGUUGA